AUGUCGGGCCAGAACAACAGUUCCGAGAGUGACCCAACACUCGACGAUACACUCGCGCAGGAUGAAGUGAUGAUAGAUGCUGCUCCAUGCAGAAAAAAAGAAAAGAGAAAGUUAAAGGCGAGUGAAAUGCCUACACUUGACAAACUUGCAGCGAGAUGCGUCUUGGCUACUGGGCUCACACCUCUGACCCCCCGCUUGACGGCUCAAGAGUCAUUCUGCGAGCUACUUCGUUGGUGGAAAGACAAAAUCAUGGAGUCUGCUGGCAUGCAGCUGACUGACUUUGACGUCGUCAUGAAAAAGCGUGCAAACCACUACGAUGAAAAGAUCCCCGCAGAGAUAGCUUUCACUGCGCAAGAUGGAUCUGGAAAGCCUCUUGGUUAUGUUCACUUCAUGAACAAAAGAGAUGGCAAGGGCGGCACCGUUACAGUCGCUGUACGAGACGUGACUCCUCUGCAGCCCUCCAUGGUAGUCCCUGACGAAGAGCGGUUUAAAGAACCUCAAGAUGUCCGAUUCACCCACCGCUCAGAACUCGGCUUAGGAAGGGCCGUUCUCAACUUCUUGGGAGCCGGUACGAAUCAUGCUGUUACCUGCAGAACGGGAGGUCACAGAUACAGGUUCAACUAUGGCAAAGAGGGCCAGCUCAUGGCCAUCGUGGCAAUCAUGGACCACGACACUAUCAACAAGUUUCGACGAUCGACAGUCCCACAGGGCAGUAAAUAUGUCCCUUUUCAGCCGCAUCCGGAGACUGACUCCAUCUUCAGCAUCGGUCCUGACAAGGAGGUGGGGAGAAGCGGGCGUGGCAAAUACAUAUACCGUUCCACGGUCACCCCCAGAGAGUUCAACAUCUGGUGCGAAUGCGCUUUGUUUCUACAGGGCAUCAAGGACGACGAUAUAGUCAAGACUGAGUUGGGUGACCUGAUCCUCGAUCCCAAGUCUCGUGGCAAAAUCUACUUCAAGAGCUUUCUCCUGAGUGACACGACCCGCAGGGGCUAUGCUAGCUUGUCCGAGAGACCCCUCAGAUUCGGUUACAACAUCCUCUACGGAACUCCAGAUGAGAUGAUGAAGCACAUGAGUUCGCUAGAGGAAGAGUGUCGAGCUAUCAUGUCCAUCUAG